AUGCCGUUCGACGAGAUCCAAAAUGUCCUGAGCUCAAGAUCGCUCAACUCGCCGUCCUUGCUCGUCACCUUCGCAGCGCAGGGCAGCAGCGGCGAGAAGAAGGAGCAGGUCGCGUGGAAGGACGGGAGGAAGACGCUCGUGCCAGUGCCGGUCGGCGAGGCCAAGCGGCUCAAGCAGAAGCAGAAGGGCGGGCUCGACAUCUCAGAGCAGGCGGUCGCCACGUGCGAGGGCCGGGAGGAGCCGUGCUCGCCCUCGAGCACCGAUGCUGUUUCGCGCGCGAGGCGUCUUGUCGAGGAGAAUCGGCGCCUACGAGAGAGCCUCGUCCACGCCGAGGAGAACGCGAGCAAGCAUGCGUACGAACUUGUCGAGCUGCGCAACGCUCGUGAUCUCGCCAUCGCCGAGCGCGAUUCGCUUCGGCUCGACAUGACCAAGCAGGAGGACGAGCUCUUCAUCUUGCGCCAGUCGAUCGAGGAGCGGACGCCUGGGUCGAGCGAGCUGCGUCGCGCACUCGCCGCCGUUGAGAGCCAGCGAGAUCUCGCACUCGACGCCAAGUCGCAGCUCGAGGCGCAGCACGAGCUCUCCCUUUCCAGCGCACGAGCCGAGAACGAGCAGCUACGCCAAGAGCUCGUCAAGGCCGAGAGCGACGUCGAGCAGUCGAGGGCCGACCAGAACGAGCAGCACCAGGCGUGCAUGCAGCUCAUGGAGGAGCAGGACAAGCUCGAGCUCGCUUACGAGGAGAUUCUUCACGAGCUGGACGAGCUCAAGCGUCAACGCGCUCUCGACGAGGGUCUCGCCCUCGACUCGCUCGUCGAGCAAGGUGCAGAAGAUUGUCUUGACGACGCCGACCAGUCGUGGGACCAUGUCGAGCUCGACGACCUCGUCUCGCCGCCUGGCUCGUCCACGACGAGAAAGUCGGUGCGCAAGAGCGCGUUCGGUCGAGCAUUGACGAAACGUGCCCGGACCCGCUCGCAGCCGCUUCUCGGCGCUCCUCUUCCGCCGCAUCAAGAUGUCGCCGCCGUCAAGAACGACGUCGAGCAGCUCAAGCAAACUAUCGCUCUCCUCGUGAGAGAGCGUCGCCCUGCGGUCGACGUCGCGUGCGACGAGUGAGCCUUGAGCUGUGCGGCGCUGGAAGGAGGCGGGCGCGCGACAAGGGACCCCGCAACCCUAUCACGCCUCGCUCUGCAACCUUGCCGUCGACGAGCGUGUCCCUCUCGCCUCUGCGCCGGUCUCUGUGUAGCUUACCUUUGUGCAACGUUCGUCG